CGUGGUAACCGCGGGGAAGCGCUCGCGCCGUUAAAGCGCAGGGCGCAGGCGCGCGGCCGGGGCAGGCGCCGUGCGGGUUAGAUGGCGCACCACAAGGCCGCGGACUCCAAGCGGGAGCAGUUCCGCCAGUACUUGGAGAAGUCGGGAGUGCUGGACAUGCUCACCAAGGUCCGGCGAGGCGGCCGGCAGAAGAACUCGCCUGGAAAACUUGGUUCGGCGUGGCCUGGAAAUGGAGUCCGAGGUGCGCGGCGAGGCGGUGCACGCCGGGAGAGGGCAGCGGGCCGCUGGAAACGAGCGCCGGGAGCUGCAAAGCGCUCCUGCCCCGCACGCUCACCUGGGGGGGCCGGUGUCCGAGUGUUGGUAGCCUUAUAUGAAGAGCCAGAGAAACCAGAUAGUGCACUGGAUUUUCUGAAGCAUCAUCUGGGAGCUUCAGCUCCUGAGAAUCCGGAAAUAGAGGCACUUCGCUUGGAAGUGGCAGAGAUGAAAGAAAAAUAUGAAGCUGUGCUGGAAGAAAAUAAAAAACUGAAAACCAAGCUGGCUCAGUAUGAACCACCUCAAGAUGAGAAGCAUGGUGAAUAACAGUAGUUUUUUUCUUUAUUGCCUUGACUUAAUAAAGGGCUUCCUGAGAAA